GCAAUAAACCUAGUAUUGAUUACAGUAGCUUGUGGACCAGACUCCAUAUCAGAAUGUAUAAAAAUUUGGUUAAACUGUAGAUACUUACCUUUAGUGGUUCUUGACAGGUUUAUUAGGCGUGUUGGUGCUUUUGUUUUAACUGGCAUUGAAGUUCGGGGUCCAUUUUCCGUGCUACCUGCCUCAUGGCAACCCGUAUUAAAGCCACAACCCCAAAGUGCGCCAGCGGAAAAAUGCCUGGCAACACGACCGCACAGUGCGCCGACUGCCUCUGGAUUAACGUUGUUAUAGCUGUGUGAGGAUUACACAACUCUCCAGAGCAACAUCAGGAAGGCAUGGGGUGGGCCACUGUCAUCAAAGAAGCCUCACAUCAAGUGCAGAGCUGCUUGAUUUAAAUGAAUGUAGAGCUGGACAACAUCUAGCUGUAUGAUGCAUUUUACUUCCCCAUAGAUUUGAUUGUAAGUACCAAGAGCAGAGCAGCCAUUCCCCUUCAGUGCAUCACCUGAAUGGAAAUAUGGACACUUUCAAUGGAGGAAUUUUGACUCAACAUGCCCAGGAACUAUGAGCCUGGUCACUCAGUAGGGAUGCUGGCUGCCGUGGAACAUGGUCCCAUCCUCUGCAGCGACUCCAACAUCCUCUGCCUCUCGUGGAAAGGCAGGGUCCCCAAGAGCGAAAAGGACAAGCCGGUGUGCCGGAGACGGUACUAUGAGGAGGGCUGGCUCGCCACAGGGAAUGGGAGAGGAGUUGUUGGGGUGACGUUUACAUCGAGUCACUGCAGGAGGGACAGAACUACACCUCAGAGAAUCAAUUUUAACUUGCGAGGACACAACAGUGAGGUUGUCUUGGUGCGCUGGAAUGAACCCUUUCAGAAGCUAGCCACCUGUGAUAUGGAAGGAGGUAUUUUUGUAUGGAUCCAGUAUGAAGGAAGAUGGUCUGUAGAGUUAGUGAACGACAGAGGAGCCCAGGUGAGUGACUUCACUUGGUCACAUGAUGGCACUCAAGCCCUCAUCGCAUACAGGGAUGGCUUUGUGUUAGUUGGCUCGGUCAGCGGACAAAGACACUGGUCCUCCGAGAUUAACCUGGAGAGUCAAAUCACCUGUGGCAUCUGGACACCUGAUGAUCAACAGGUCUUGUUUGGUACAGCAGAUGGUCAGGUGAUAGUGAUGGACUGUCACGGACGAAUGCUUGCCCAUGUUCUGUUACAUGAGUCUGAUGGGAUCGUGAGCAUGUCCUGGAACUGCCCUGAUUUCCUGGUCGAGGACAGCACAGAGAGCGACACAGACUCUGAUGACAAUAUUCUGCCUUUAGUGCGGAGAGUCAAGCCUUUGUUGACCGUCACCUUCUUAUCAGGAGAUAUCAGUUUAAUGAACAACUAUGAUGACCUCUCUCCUGGCAUAAUUCGCUCAGGGCUGAAAGAUGUUGAGGCACAGUGGUGCUCCCAGGGAGACCUCCUGGCUGUGGCCGGCAUGGAGAGACACGGGCUUCCUGCCGACUCUGCCUGCUCGUCCAUCAUGAGGAACGCCCUUGUUAAGUUCUAUAAUGUCCAAGGAGAACACAUCUACACCUUGGAAACACCGGCACAGAGACCCAUCACCACCAUCUGUUGGGGUCACAGAGACUCUCGUCUGUUCCUUGCAUGUGGUCCAGCACUGUAUGUGGUGCGUGUGGAGCACAGGGUGGCCAGCCUCCAACUUUUAUGCCAGCAGGGCAUCGCCAGCGCCCUGCGAGAGGAGAAAGAUGUGGGGAAACUGAACAUGCCGUCGCUGCUCUGCUCUUAUGUCACCACUGCUUUCAUACCCACCAUCAAGCCCCCAAUCCCUGACCCCAACAACAUCCGGGAUUUUGUUAGCUAUCCCACAGCUGGGAAUGAGAGGCUCCACUGCACCAUGAAGCGAGCAGAGGACAGCCCUGAAACAGGCGGACCCUGCUACACUCUCUACCUAGAAUAUUUAGGAGGACUGGUGCCAAUUCUCAAGGGAAGACGCAUCAGUAAACUACGGCCCGAGUUUGUCAUUAUGGAUCCAAAAACGGACAGCAAAGCAGAGGAGGUGUGUGUGAAUCCCAUGAUCUCAUACACUGACAGCUGUAACUGCUCUGACUCCAGUGACAUUGAGUUGAGCGAUGAGUGGGUUGGGAAGAAGUCACCAAAGUUAUCCCGAGGAAACAGGAUGAACAUGGAAUCGAGAAAAUCUCCCAAACUUUCACGUGCCCAUCAGGAAGGCCAACGGUCGCCACGGUUACCAACAAAGAAGCCUCCAGUUCGGUCUCCCAGUCUGACACGUCGAGAGUUUUCUAUGGACGGGAUCACAGAGCACAACUACCUUGCUCAAGUCACAUCCAACAUUUGGGGGACAAAAUUCAAAAUUGUUGGACUUGCUUCUUUUCUCCCUGCCAAUCUCGGUGCAGUCAUCUAUAAGACAAGUUUGCUUCAUCUGCAACCGAGACAGAUGACAAUCUACCUUCCAGAAGUGCGAAAGAUUUCUCAUGACUUUAUGAGCCUGCCUGUGUUUAACCCCAAUGUUUUCAGUGAGGAUGAGGAUGACUUACCAGUGAUGGGGCCAUCUGGAGUGGCAGGAGACAAUCCUCCCUGUACAGUCAACAUUCCCAUUGCUCCCAUCCACAGCCCGGCUCAGGCCAUGUCUCCAACUCAGAGCAUCGGCCUGGUUCAGUCUCUUCUGGCCAAUCAGAAUAUUCAGCUUGAUGUCCUGACCAACCCUACAGCCACUGCAGCAGCUGCAGCUGCAGUGGCAGCAGCUUCUGUCCCUGUUACUGAUCAUGGGCAGGAUGCAGUUGCAACACCGUACCCAGUGCCUACCAGAUACUCAAACCCUGGUCAGGUGAUCUUCAAUGGGCUGGAGAUGAGUCCUCUUCUUCCUGGUACUCUUCCUCCCCCACCUCCACCUCACCAUCUCCCACCGCAGCCUCACCCACAGCGGCCUCAUCCACAGCAGCCUCGCCAACAGCAGUCCAAACAGUCACAACAAAUGCAGACACAGCAGCAGCAGAAAAUGCAUCAUCAUCAACAGCAGCAGCAGCAGCAGCAGCAGCAGCAGCAACAACACCAUCAUCAGUCCCAAUCACAGCAACAACAGCAAUUACAGCAGCAACAUCAACAGCUGCAGCAACUGCACCACCAGCAGACACUACAUCAACAGCAGCUACAACAUCAACAACACCAGGUCCAGCAACACCAACAAAUACAAAAAAAUCAACAGCAAGUGACACCCCAACAACUUCAACACCAACAUCAAAUACAGCAGCAGCAACAACAGAUGCAGCUGCAGCAUGAACAGAUGCAGCAGCAGCAGCAGCAAAUGCAACAGCAGCAGCAACAAAUCCGGCAACAGAUCCAGGAGAUGAGGCAGCAGCAGCAGCAGCUCCAGCAGCAGCACCAACAGAUCCAGCAGCAACAUCAACAGAUGCAGUGGCAGCACCACCAAAUGCAGCAGCAGCUGAAGAUGCAGAUGUCGCUGCCCCCUCCUCCGACUGGCUAUCCAACCAUUUCCUUACAACGGCUUCAUCUUCUGCCUCAGAUUGCUCCUCCUACCACUGAACCUGGGCUCGACAGGGGGGAGCAUGGACACACACUUAAACCAAGUCUGCCGCGGAUUUUACCUCCCUUCAGUGACACGGAUGGAUCUGUGGAGAUUCAGAUGAGGAAGGUGAAUCCUCCUCCUCCAUACCCGGGCACUGUAGUGUCUGCAGCAGCAGCUACAGCCGCCGCGACGCCUCAAACUCUUGUCACAAACUGUGACAGCCCAAAUGUCCUGGCGACAGACCCCUGCCUGAAGAAGGAUGAAUUUUUGCUUCACCCUGUCACCAUACAGUACCCAACACCUCUGGGGUAUGAAAGGAUCACAACCUUUGACAGUAGUGGCAAUGUGGAGGAGGUUUGUCGGCCACGCAGGCGCCUCAUUCGCAACCAAAAUGCGUAUGCUGUCCACGGCUCGGCCACACUCAAAGUCACUUCCUCUGAGAGUAAAAAAAUUCAGCUUCCCUACAGCUCAGCAACAUUGAGUCGUCUCUCUGUCCCUCGCUACUCAAUACCUAGUGGAGACCCUCCUCCUUACCCUGAUCCAGCCAAUCAAGUAACUGCUACACUUCCUCCUUCCCAGAGAAUUGAUAGCAGUCUGAUUCAUGCCACUCUACGUCGUGAUGGCAGGGACGUGGGACUUAAAGUGCCACAGAUGAUGGAAAGCUCAAGAACCCUUCCCACCAAGGCUAAAAUGAACAGUGCACUAGCACUUACCUACCAGCAGAGAGUGCCCACUGCAUUGUACACAUGCACACAGUGCAGCAGUAACAGUAGCAGCACCAGUGUCAGUGUUAGUGGUGGUGGAACUACAAGUAGUGGCAUUGCAGGUGGCACAGUGGUGAGGCAGGACUUCCCACCAGGGAAAGGAGCCCAUCACAGUACCAUUAUUGUGCACUCCAAAGGUGCCUCACCCCUGGCCUCUCAGUCAUCUUACAGUCUGCUGGGUGCUGUUGAUAACAGCAGGGACAGAACAGUGUAUGUUAACUCUGCCUUUACUGAAGAUGAGACUUUAAAUCAGCAGUGUCACCUUGAAAAAUCUGUACGCCAGCUGACUCUCGGCGAUGUCAGUUUGACAGUUAAACGCCCUCCGCCUUACCAGUGGGACACCUCCACCACAGAGGAGUUCUGGCUCACCCCAGAACAAACAAUGUUAGGUCCUCCACCAGGACCUCAUAAACCGCCUCCACUCAUCAUUAGUCAAGCUCAGCAUUUGGACAUGACUCGGCUACCGUUUGUCCUCACGACUAAACCUCCAACUAGUCAGAGCACGAGCACUCUUACUUUCCCAUCAGGUUACCAGAUAUCCCUCUCACCUUUUCCUCCAGGUGUGGGUCACACUGGCCCUCCACUUCAGACCUUACAGAACCCUCCACCACAGUGCUCUCCAAAUGAAGUGGUUGCUUCAGUCCCUUUUGCUCAGCAGGACCCCAACUUGGUCUUGCCACCAGGCUAUCCUCCAAAUCUCGCUAACUUGGCCUGCUGCCCUCUCCCUCCAAUGUAUCCAGGAGCCAGCUCAUGUGCCGGACUUCAGCUGCACCCUGUCAACCUUCACCCCUGGAACCCUUACCCCUGCCCGCCUCCCAUGCAAGACCCUCCAGCACCUCCCCUCCCUACCAAAACUCAUCAGAUUUUAGAGAAGCCGAUUCUCUCCCCACCUCCUCCCACUGUGCCGCCUCCACCCCCCCCUCUCCCUCCUCCUCCUCCACCUACUGAGCUACCACCAUCCAAAAGUGCCACAGAGGAUCUGGCAGAGUCUGCCAACAACUUUCCAGAGCCAUCAUCCCUGAAUGAAAGCCCUGGACCACAGGAGUCAGAGCGCUUCAACAAGAAGAGCCGCAAAAGACUGGACAGCAGAGCUGAGGAGGCCAACAUGCCCACCGUCUCUGAGGGCAAAUCCAGAAAGGAAGGCCGUGCACUCUCUGACUUCAACACUCUCAUUUCCAGCCCAAGGCUUGGUAGCAGAGAGAAGAAGAAGCCCAAGGGGCAGAGAGAGCAACUCAACAAAACCAAGAAGAUGAGCAGGACCACAAAUGAGUUCCAGGAUAGCUCAGAGAGUGAGCCGGAGCUGUUCAUUAGCGGCGACGAGCUCAUGAACCAGAACCAAAGUAGUAAGAAGAGUUGGAAGAACAAGCGCAGCCUGCGCAUGGCGAGUGAGCUGGAGGAGAUAAAGUGUCGCAAGGCAAAUGAAAGAGAGGACCGUAGUUUGGGAAGCCAAGGAUUUGUCUAUGUCAUGGCCAAUAAACAACCAUUGUGGAACGAAGCCACACAGGUCUACCAGCUUGAUUUUGGAGGUCGAGUCACGCAGGAGUCAGCAAAGAAUUUUCAAAUUGAGCUGGAUGGUAGACAGGUGAUGCAGUUUGGGCGAAUUGAUGGUAAUGCCUAUAUCUUGGAUUUCCAGUAUCCUUUCUCAGCAGUGCAGGCAUUUGCUGUUGCCUUGGCCAAUGUGACUCAAAGGCUAAAGUGAAAAGGUUAUAUUGUGCUGUUGUAGACUAAUUCAAAAGAAGACACACUGGUCUUACACCCCAAUGUGAGGGGCUAUACCUGGGAAAAUGUCAAUGUUGUUGUGGUUCUUUUUUUAAAGAAUUGAUUAAUAUAAAGUUGGCCUUGCACAUGCAGAUAAUUUACAAUCAGUAUGUUGAAGGCAAAGUUGGUCUAGGUCAGUGGUCAUGGAGACUGGAGACCAGUUACUCCAUCAUUUCUCGUUAAUAUGUUGAAUGUACUCAAGCUAAUUUUAUUUAUUAUUCAAAUGUUAUUUUGUGAAGUUAAAAAAAUGUCAACCUUAGGUAAAAUAAGUACAUGUUGGAAUGGAUUUUAAAAGCAGUCUGGAGGUUUAGUACCACGUGUGGUACCAAAGACAUCUUCCCUCUCUUAAAAUCAUGGCUAAUUCAAUGUAUUUUAAAUAAAUAAUGUUAUGUUUGUGAUGUUAAUAAAUAAUAUACACAGUAGAUAUCUACAUUAUGAGGUACGUUAGCAUUCAAAAUUGCAAAUACAUUUUCACGAAGCCAUACCAUGUCUGAUACAAAUACUGCACUAUUUUAAUUCAGUUUUAAGUUAUGAAGUAAAUAAGUUAUAAGGUUUUAUUAUGAAUGUCAAACUGAUUAUUUGUUUUUUUCGAUACCUGUAUUUGUAUCUUUAUUCUUCAUUCAAAUCCCAUUUGUUCAAGGCAAUGAUUUGAUUUUUAGUCUGUUUUGUUUGUUAAAUGUCCUCUACAUUAUGUUCAAAUUGCUGAACAUGCAAUAGAAGAAUAUAUUGAUUCUGUAACUGCAACAUGAAGCGUUGAGUACAGUUUACCAUAGUUUGUAUAUUUUCUAUUCAUGAUACUUCUAUGAAGUGGUGCAAUGAACAUAGUAAAUCAUAUUCUUUUGGCUGCAAAUACUGCAAAUAAUUAUUCAGUCAGAGCCGUUAUGAUCUGACAAUGUAGUCUUUAUUUUUGCAUGUGUAAGUUUACAUGUUCCUUUUUAUUUCCAAAACUCCCCUCUACAAUUGUCAGUAAUGGUGAACAAGUUUAUGUAUGCAAAAUACAGCCAAAUAGCUAAAUGCAUUUGGCUGAAAGUAAGUUAGUGGAGAAGAUGGUAUAAAAUGAUUCCAUCCCCACAAACAAAAAUGUGCAUAAACACUGAGAUCCUCUCAGUGAAUCUCAAACUUGGUUGGCUCUGUGUUGUUUUCAUUGGGUGUUUAUGAUGCUACUACAUCAGUAGUUUGCCUCGUUGGAAAUCAGUGCUGCUUUAGAUAGAUAGAGCUUGUGUGCAAUAAUGCUACUUACAUAGAACUGACGUACUUGCAAAAGAAAAUACAAAGCUGCUUGCACUGUGUAUUUAGUAAAUGACUUAACAUCAUUAUAUGCUUAGAACAUUGUGUGUAUAUGUUGCUAAUUUCAGUAAUUUUGUACUUCACCUAUGCUUUAACAUGGUACCAAGAGUUUUUUGAUGUUACAAAAAAGAAUGAGAACAAUAAACUUGCAGAGGUAUUAAAUACAACAUAUUCAUAAAUUGCUAAGAUUAACUGUUAGUUGGAGUGAGAUUCAUGUAGAUUUGGUGCUAAUGUAUAAAGAAACAAAGGUGGAAAUGUCUGGACAUUUGUCAUUUGCUAAUAGAAGGUUAUCUUAACGUAUAUGGAGAAAGUAUUUUGAGAGAGGCUACAGGAAAUUUAGUGUAGAAAGUUUUCAUUUAAGAGCUUUUCAUUUACAGUAAUGCAGCUUCAGAGACUUAAGCGACAGUGUGAGUCACUUAUCAGCAAUACUGCCUAAUGAAUAGUUGGUUGCCUGAUUUUUUGUUCUCUUAUUUUGUGAAGGAAACAAAUAUGAUAUGACCAUUGGUUUACAUGGACCUAUAGGCUGGCCAAAAUGUAAUAAAACUACAUUGUUCCAAA